AUGGCUAGAGCCGAGAUACGUGGUCGUACUUGUGAAUCGUGCAAAUCAUCUCGAGACAGACGUAAACAACGAAAAUUAAAAGCUGAAACACCAUCGGUUUGUCAUGAAGAUGCAGUAAGUUCAACUCCCAUUCUGAAUUGGUAAUGUCAAAGAAUCUCGAAAAAAAAUCUUGAAUACUAUAUAACGAUUGUUAUGAUAUGAAAUAUUGAUUGACACGAUAUAAUUAUGAAUAAAAUACAUAAAGAUACAGAAAAUGAUUGACAAAAAAAUUAGAGUUCAUUUUCUAUUGAUCACAAAGAAUAAGAGUGCUUCAAAAUAUUGUUUUCGAUCAAUUUUAUCGUUCUCGAAUCGAUUACUAAGUUUUCAGACGAACUUCAAGAGCCAAAACUACUUGGGUCUUCUUGUUUUGAUCUCCACUAUUAGAAUUUGACAUCUAUUGUCGAAAGAUAACUUCUUUUUUAAGGCUUCUUCUCCUCAAAAUCGAUCUCAGAUCUAGAAUCAUUCAAAUAACCUGAAAUUUUCAGGAUGUAUUGGAGCUGUAGAGGAGAAGCUAUGGUAAAAUUUUCAGCCAUAUGCCAUGGCGUUUGAGGAAAAUAUUCACCAAACAAAGGUCAAAAAUAGUUCAUUUGGCAAACCAAAAUUCUCUUUUGACACUCUGAAAAUAUAUUUAAAGUUUUUUUUUGUUCUUCAAGAACAUGUCAGGAUGCAGCGCUUGCCAGAGCCUUUUUUAAAAUUCUUACUCUUUAAGUAGAAAAAAGUGAUUACAGUUCAAUCACUCGAAAAACCCCCAAAAAAUAGCGCUCGAUUUAUAUAACUGUCUGUAUAUAUACUAAGAAUAAAGGUUAAUUUAAAAAAAUGACUCUAGUAGGCACUGCAUCUUGACAUGCUCUUGAAGAACAAAAAAAAAAAAUUAAAUAUAUAGAAUGGACGCUGACAGAGAAUUCUGGCUUGUCCGAUCGAAAAAGCAUAAACUGAGAAAAAGCGAAAAAGAUUUUCUGUUUUUUCGAUAAAAACGCCUGUUUUUCAAUCAGAAGAUGAUAGAAAUCAUCAAAAAUUUUAGCCAAAACAGGAGUGUCGAAUGAAAAAUCACAUCAUUUCUAAAAGAUCUGAAGACGAGCUAUCUUUUCAUGCAUUUAUCUUAAUUUCGAAUAUUUCUGACCAAAUUGACUUUCUUUGACGGAGACGGGGGAGGCUUUAAGGAUCUCAACAAAGUUUCAAAAGUUUGGAUGAGAUUUUAAGAUUCUUUUGUUGAAUCUGCUAUGUCAUCCUAAUACGUGACGUUUAGUGUGACCUCACUUUGCUGACAAAUAUAAUCGUCAAUGACAAGAAGGUUUUUUCCUUUAUUACUUGUAAUAAAGGUGUGAGAAGAUUUUUUAUUCGAUCUUUAUCGUGGCAUAAUCGAUGAAAUUUAGAAUGUAGAAAGAAACAAAAUCAAAAUCAAAUAAAUAUCCAGAGAUAAAGAAGUAGGAAUGACGUUGUCUCUCAAUCGAAUAGAAACAAUGAUGUUGAAUACAACAAUGAAAAAAGAGAAUGAUUUAACUCUACUACCCAGGCAGACAAACUUUUCAGAAAACGCGUUUAAACGCACAGAAAUUGGCCUAAAAUCCUUAAAAAGUGGUCGUUUUUGGCUCACAAUCGCGGUUCCCGACUGUGAGCCAAAAACAUCCAUUUUUCGCCCUUUUUGUGCGUUUAAACGCGCUUUCAGACAAGAAACGCGUGUACACGCAUACAA